GGGUCUCUGGGGGUCCCGGGGAGCCUGAGCCGGGCCUGGCUGGGGGCCGGGAGUCGCUGGCCGACCUAGUCGGCCCCACCGGGCGCCCCUUGCGCGCGGGACCAGGACAGAGAGUGUCGCCGAGGGGCGAAGAGCGAUCUUGUCUCCCCAUCCCUACUUCCCGUACUCUCGACCGGCCCCCCCGAGAAAGAGAUUUUGAGGGAGAGGGAGCAGAGGGAUUGUCCUUCCCAUCCAGGUUCGGGGCUGGGCCCUCCGGCCUCGGGAGGACAGGUGCGGGGGAGGGCCGGGCACCCCCGCCUGCAGUCCCAGAAAGUGGACGGACCCAUCGCCGCCCUCAGAACUGAAGCUACAAGAUGGCUGACCAGGACCCUGGAGGCAUUAGCCUCCUCCAACAGAUGGUGGCAUCUGGCACUGGGGCCGUGGUCACCUCCCUCUUCAUGACCCCCCUGGACGUGGUGAAGGUACGCUUGCAGUCUCAGCGCCCCUCGGUGGCCAGUGUGCCUUGUAUUUUAGAGCUGAUGUCUUCCUCCAGACUCUGGAGCCUCUCCUACGCCAGAUGUGAGUGCCCCAUGCCACGGGGAACCUUGCCCUCCUCUCUCCAAUCCACAGGGAAAUGCCUCCUGUACUGCAAUGGUGUCCUAGAGCCCCUGUACCUGUGCCCAAAUGGUGCCCGCUGUGCCACCUGGUUUCAGGACCCCAGUCGCUUCACUGGCACCGUGGAUGCCUUUGUGAAGAUUGUGAGACAUGAGGGCACGAGGACCCUGUGGAGCGGCCUCCCAGCCACCCUGGUGAUGACUGUGCCGGCCACUGCCAUCUACUUCACCGCCUACGACCAACUCAAGGCCUUCCUGUGUGGUCAAGCCCUGACCUCUGAUCUCUACGCACCCAUGGUGGCUGGUGCACUGGCCCGCCUGGGCACCGUGAGCGUGAUCAGUCCCCUGGAGCUGGUGCGGACAAAGCUGCAGGCUCGGCAUUUGUCAUACCGGGAGCUGGGCACCUGCGUCCGAGCAGCUGUGGCUCAAGGCGGCUGGCGCUCACUGUGGCUGGGCUGGGGUCCCACUGCCCUUCGGGAUGUGCCCUUCUCAGCUCUAUACUGGUUCAACUAUGAGUUGGUGAAGAGCUGGCUGAGUGGGCUCAGGCCAAAGGACCAGACCUCCGUGGGCAUCAGCUUUGUGGCUGGCGGCAUCUCAGGGACGGUGGCGGCCAUCCUGACUCUACCCUUCGAUGUGGUGAAGACUCAGCGCCAGGUCGCGCUAGGAGCGGUGGAGGCUGUGAGAGUGACGCCCCCGCACGCGGACUCCACUUGGCUGCUGCUGCGGAGAAUCCGGGCCGAGUCGGGCACCAGGGGCCUCUUUGCAGGCUUCCUCCCAAGGAUCAUCAAGGCCGCCCCGUCCUGCGCCAUCAUGAUCAGCACUUAUGAGUUCGGCAAAAACUUCUUCCAGAGGCUCAACCAGGAACAGUUUCUGGGCCCUUGAAAGGAAUGAGGGGACGAGGACCCGACCUCAUCCGUGGUGGGAGUGGGGCAGGAGGAGACUGAGCCAAGUGCCUUUUCCUCAGCACUGCGGGGAGGGGCCUCAUUUCUCUUUCCUCCCCACUCUGAGCCCCAGGGGUAGGGGGCUGCCCCUCUGGGCCCACGCCGACCCCUCCUCUCUCAGACCACUUUCUUCCUGCUGCUCCCCAUUCCCCAGCCCCAGGAAUCAUCACGCCCUCCCUUCAAGUUCAAGACCAAAUUUGCUAACUUCUCCCUCACUUCUUUCCCUGUGGGUUGCUGUAGCUGGGCCUGCCCCCAGGAGCCGCAAAACCUUGUGCCCGGCAUAGUCUGCACCCACCCUUGUUAAUUCCUUGAGUCUAAAGAUGAUAAACUUCUUUCCAUUGCC